AUGGGUCAGAGGUGGGUCAGGACUGAGCGGGAACGCGGGUCCGCCACUGCGCGCAGAGUAGCGGAGGCGGGGCGGGAUGCGGUGGAGGGUCGCGGGACACAGGGGGCGGAGUGGGGGCAGAAGGUGGCGCCGGACCCAGAGGACCGCGGGGGUCUUGGUUAUGAGGCAGAAAUGGUGCGGCGUGGCUUGGAAUGCGCAGGAGAUUCGAGGCAGCCGCAGAGCGCCCCACAUGUGUCUGGGGACACCCGGGUCGCUGCGUGGCUGGCUGGGCGCGGCGGGAGGUCCGGCCCGCCGGCGGCCGCUCCCGCCUCCCGGAUCUAG